UUUAGUCGAGAACCUUGUAUUCUGCCGACCAAGUCAUAAGCAGCAACAAGUUGAGUCUCUUCUUGUUGAAUGGAUCCGCCAAGAGCUUGGUGAUACCGCUUUGGUUCAGAAUCCUUCAUGUGUUUACAGCAUCCCUAAUCGUCAUUCUAUCGAGCCACUUAGCUUGUCCAGUGUAAUCGAUGUACCAAAAUUAGAAAUGGAGUUUGUAAGUCUGGAAGAGAUAAGGGACGAGGAGAUAAUUGACUCAACUUCAGAGUCUGGCGAGGAUUCAUCAGACCCACAGGUAUCCAGGAUUUCUACUGGAGCUAAGUCUUAUCGUGGCAGAGGAAUUUUGGCUGCAAUCUCAGCGCUUCGUCAACUUUACAACCACCCUCGCCUGCUUUCAAUGUCGCCAACUUUGAUAUCUUCCCUUGCAUCCAGUGGCGGGGAAAGCCUCGUACGUUAUCCCUCUAGAGCACGACAUCACCACUUAAUCUGUCGUUUUUAG